AUGCACACUGAGUUUGUAAAGUACAGAGAGUCGAUGCCUUCUGUGGUUCAGCUGCCGCAGCUGGACUACACCUACAAGGAAAUGGCGCACGUGAUGGCCCCUGAAAUGCUGGACCUGCACUAUGCCAAGCUGCACCAGGGAUACAUCGAUCGAUACAACAAGGCGCAGAGCACCAUGAAAAUGACCCAGCUCGUGUACACGCCCGAAAAGGAGGAGGAGAAAGCUCUCCUGUUCAACCUGGGCGGGUACCUAAACCACACCCUUUUCUGGAAGUCCAUAAGCCCAAAGAAGGAGUUCCACACGCCCUCGGAAAAAAUGCUCAGCAUGAUAAAUGCGUCGUUCCCAAGGGGGCUGUGCAAAGAAAUGGUGGACAUUCUGCCAAGGAUACGGGGCAGCGGGUGGAUAUGGGUUACAUACAGCAGGGCAACAGAGCUGCUGCAGCUGGAGACAACGAUGAACCAGGAUUUUCCAAAGACCCCCGUUCUUCUGAACGUCGACCUGUGGGAGCACUCCUAUCUGAUGCAGUACCACUCAGACAAAGCAAAAUAUGUAACUUCAGUAUACUCGAUCCUCAAUUGGAAGUUUGCAUCGGAGAGGCUGGAGCAAAUAUUAAAUGAAUAA